AUGUUCAAGGAUAGCACGUUCACCUGCCCCGACGAGAGCGAGUGGAAAUUCGAUAAAAAGAUCAGUGAGAAAUCUAUCAGGUUUCAUGAUGAGCGUGAUGUGGCUCUUGCAGAGUCCCAGGCAGUAUAUCACUGCCACCAGGUGAAGGGUCAGUCUGUUGGAAAGGAAGCCAUCAUCAAGGUUCGGAUGCAGGUUCCUCACAUAUAUCCAGCGAACUCUGAUCCAAAUAUUCGUGCUCGGGAGGCUGUCACGGAGUGUAUCCCAGGCCCGACAGCCACGGAAAUACUUACCUUAACUCACCUCAAUAAAAAAAGGUGCAGUGUGGUUCCCCAGCUUUUAUAUCGGGUUAAUCACUAUCAGUCUAUAGAAAUGUCUAUACCAAUGGGAUAUGUCGUCAUAUUGAUUAUGCAGAAGUGCCCCGGAGCUCCUUUGACAGAUUUCUGGCGGUAUAACGAAGCGAAACGGGAGAAGAUACGGGAAGCAUUUCGCAGAGGUUAUACGAACUUCUUGUCGUAUAAUGCAUAUGCUGAGGACCCACGCAAAGAGAAUAUCAUCUAUGAUGAGCAGGAGAAUAAGUGCUGGUUCAUUGACCAUGAGCAGACGGAUAUACUGGACGGCCCGGAGUCGCUAAGUUUUUAUGAAGACGACUUUGUGCGCUGGGGUCUUAGACCAUAUAUCCCUGGUGGCAACUGUUAUCGAUGUAGCAGCCCGAAGGUUUCAGAAAUUCUCAAUGAAUAUAUCAAAGUUCCUGAGAUUCUCAAUGGAACGUUCUUGAAAGACAUAAAUAUUCAUAGCGUGUAG